CUUCUCCAUCCGGCCCAUCCCCACCGCGCUUUCUCCCCUCCAUCCAUCCUCCCCUCGCGCAGUCGAGUAUACCCUGUUACCCCCGACGCGCCGCCCUACCGAGCCUGCACCAUGAGCGCCGACGACCCAGUCGAGGUUGGCGAGGAGCUCUCUGCUGCCGAGCACAACCAGAUCGUGAACGAGGAGUAUAAGAUCUGGAAGAAGAACACGCCGUUCCUCUACGACACCGUCAUCACGCACGCACUCACCUGGCCGUCCUUGACGUGCCAGUGGCUUCCUGACCGCGAGACCCCCAAGGAUGCCGACUACACGGUGCAGCGCAUGAUCCUCGGCACGCACACGUCGGGGCAAGCGGACGACCACCUCAUGAUCGCGGAAGUGCAUCUCCCGACGGGAGGUGCCGAGUCGAGCGGGCGCGACAUCGCCGAGCUGUACGAUGAGGAGAGGCAAGAGCUCGGCAGCCACACCAAGAGCCCGGCGCGCAUCCGCGUCAAGCAGACCAUCAACCACAAGGGCGAGGUCAACCGCGCGCGCUACAUGCCCCAGAACCCGCACAUCAUCGCGACCAAGACGGUCGCUGGACCCGUCUACGUCUUCGACAUCACCAAGCACGAGAGCCGCGCCCCACCAAAGGGCGAGUGCAAGCCCAACAUCGUUCUCACGGGGCAGAACAAGGAGGGGUAUGGUCUAUCGUGGAGCCCAGUGGCCAUGGGCCACAUAUUGAGUGCGAGCGAGGACACGACGGUGGCGUACUGGGACAUCAACGCAUGGGACAAGGGCCAGAACUCCAUCUCCCCCCUGCGCAAGUUCACCGGGCACUCGGCCUAUGUCGGCGACGUCGACUGGCACCCCGAGUACGACUACAUGCUCGCAUCCGUUGGCGACGACCGCAAGCUCAUGAUCUGGGACACGCGUGACGCGAACUCGGCCAAGCCGAGCCAGCAGGUCGAGGGGCAUGCCGCCGAGAUCAACGCCGUCGCCUUUGCGCCCAGCAGCCCCAACCUCCUCAUCACCGGUUCUUCCGACCACACGAUCGGUCUGUGGGACAUCCGCAAGCUCUCGCUCAAGCUGCACUCGUUUGAGGCGCACACCGACGACGUGCUGCAGGUCGCGUGGUCGCCGCACUCGCCUGUGCACUUUGCGUCGGCUGCCAGCGACCGGCGGGUCAACGUGUGGAAUCUCGACGCGAUCGGCGCAGAACAGACGCCCGAUGACGCCGAGGACGGGCCGCCCGAGCUUCUGUUCGUGCACGGCGGGCACACGGCCAAGGUCAACGACUUGUCGUGGUCGCCCAUGGCCAAGUGGCACAUCGCCACGACGGCCGAGGACAACAUCCUCCAGGUGUGGGAGCCGUCACGCCACAUCCGCGCUGCGGCCGAGGCCGAUGUGUCGGCGAUGGACCUCGAGUAGUAGAUAGAAGAUGCGGUGUGUGUUUUCAGAGACGUACGUUGUGCGUUUGGACGUUGCGCUUCGAGACCAUCAGCACGUGGCACGACUUAUACACACAUACAUCGCACGCAAGCCACUGCGCGAAUACGGACCGGGUGACGCUUAAUGCAGGGAAAGAAUAUACAAG